GGAGAAUGCUACAAAUAGAAAGAAAAAACAGUUUGACUUGGUGUUUUGAAGUCAGUGUAGUCAAAGACAUGACAUGAAGAACACACUGGACGCCAUUAGAAAAUAUCUGUUAUUUGUUUUUCAGAAAACAUGGAGAAAGCAGCUGUCAGAGAGCUCAAUGCAGUUCUUGUGGGAUCAAGAAGCGCCCAGAAAUAUCAUGCUGGAAACAUAAUCCUGGGAAAAGAGAUGUUUGAUCCUGGAGAAGAAACAUGUUGUUGUGAGAGGGGAGAGGCGGAAGUAUGCGGGAGAAUAGUCUCAUUGAUCAAAGCCCCUGGUUGGCUGCGAGGAUACUGCCUCUGUGAUACAUCAGAACUUUACAAGACAGAAGCGAUUCUCAGUGUCACCAUGUGUCCACCAAAACUACAUGGUUUUAUCCUGGUGAUAAAUGCAGAAAUGCUAUUCAAAGAUGUUAACAAGAAGGCAACCCUGGAGCACAUGCAGCAUUUCUUUGGUGAGUCAGUGUGGGAUCACACCAUAGUGGUCUUCAUCCACAGAGGCCGCCUGGGCAAGACCAUUGAGCAAUACAUCAAGGGUGAAGGUGCACCACUGCAGUCACUUCUGGAGGCAUGUGGAAAAAGAUAUCACAGUCUUUGUGAUGAAGGCAAAGACAAUGACAUGAUGGUCAAGGAGCUGUUUGAGAAGAUUGACGCCAUGGUGGCAGCAAAUAGCUACUAUGAAAUGGACAGUACGCUAGUCCAAAGUGCUGAGGCAAGGAGGACCGAAGUGAACAAAAAAGCAGAGGAUCGGUGUCUGCAGUCACAUCAACAAAGGGAAACACUCAAAGCACUUCUGACAGAACCAAAACCCAGCCUGAGAAUCCUGAUGGUGGGGUGGGUGUUUUCUGGGAAGAGUGCUGCAGGAAAUAUUAUCACGAGAUCAGAUGUGUUUCCCUCUGGGGAAAGGACAGUGAAAACUUUAAAGCAACGUUGUGAGGUGGCUGGAAGAGAUGUUUUCAUUGUGGACACUCCAGGAUGGUGGAAGUUUUUCCCACCUGUGUUUAAUCCUCCAUCUUUGAAGUCUGAGAUGUUAGAAGGAGUGUCUCUCUGCUCUCCAUCACCAGAUGUCAUUUUACUGGCAGUGACACUUGACACAUCAUUUACAGAGGAACAAAGAAGAAUCACAGAAAGCAACAUGAGGCUACUUGGACAGAGAGUGUGGAGACAUGUGAUUGUGCUGUUUACAUUGGGGGACACUUUGGGGGACAAAACUGUCGAGCAGUACAUUGAAGGUGAAGGAAAACCUCUGCAGUGGCUUAUUGAGAAAUGUGGAAACCGGUAUCAUGUGUUUAACAAGAAGAGAGAAGAUGAUGAUGAUCAGGUGAUCAAGCUACUGGAGAAGAUGGAGGAGAUGGUGGCAGGAAACUACUUUUUUUACCUCAGUGCUAACCCAGAGGAUCCACAACCUGAGCAAGACAGAAGUGACGAAUUAAGUGAAACCAGAGACGAGAACACAACCAAGGAGGUCACAGAGCAACUUACCAUCGAAUGGGAUCGCAGGUACUGGGAGAAACAUCACAUCCUCAAAGGAAACAACAGCAUGGACUCAAGACCAAACAUGAGUGAAAGUAUGAAGUCUGGGAAUUCAGAAAAAGAUGAGAAAGAAAUUAAUUACCAAUAUGAAGAUGACGAGUUCCAGAAAAGAGCGACUGAAGAUGAAGUGGGAGCGAGCAAUGACAACCCAUAUAUCAGACUACUAGAGAGAGAAUGGAGCAGACGAGAAGCGGUGAUGGAACAGGCAGGAUGGAUACAUUUCUUCUCUGCAGAAAACAUGGAGAAAGCUACAGCUGUCAGAGAGCUCAAUGCAGUUCUUGUGGGAUCAAGAAGCGCCCAGAAAUAUUAUGUUGGAAACAUGAUCCUGGGAAAAGAGACGUUUGAUCCUGGAGAAGAAACAUGUUGUUGUGAGAGGGGAGAGGCGGAAGUAUGUGGGAGAAGAGUCUCAUUGAUCAAAGCCCCUGGUUGGCUGCGAGGAUACUGCCUCUGUGAUACAUCAGAACUUUACAAGACGGAAGCGAUUCUCAGUGUCACCAUGUGUCCACCACAGCUACAUUGUUUUAUCCUGGUGAUAAAUGCAGAAAUUCUAUUCAAAGUUGUUAACAAGAAGGCAACCCUGGAGCACAUGCAGCAUUUCUUUGGUGAGACAGUGUGGGAUCACACCAUAGUGGUCGUCAUCCACAGAGGCCACCUGGGCAAGACCAUUGAGCAAUACAUCAAGGGUGAAGGUGCACCACUGCAGUCACUUCUGGAGGCAUGUGGAAACAGAUAUCACAGUCUUUGUGAUGAAGGCAAAGACAAUGACACGAUGGUCAAGGAGCUGUUUGAGAAGAUUGACGCCAUGGUGGCAGCAAAUAGCUACUAUGACAUGGACAGUACGCUAGUCCAAAGUACUGAGGCGAGGAGGACCGAAGUGAACAAAAAAGCAGAGGAUCGGCGUCUGCAGUCACAUCAACGAAGGGAAACACUCAAAGCACUUCUGACAGAACCAAAACCCAGCCUGAGAAUCCUGGUGGUGGGGUGGGUGUUUUCUGGGAAGAGUGCUGCAGGAAAUAUUAUCAUGAGAUCAGAUGUGUUUCAUUCUGGGGAAAGGACAGUGAAAGCUUCAAAGCAACAUUGUGAGGUGGCUGGAAGAGAUGUUGUCAUUGUGGACACUCCAGGAUGGUGGAAGUUUUUCCCACCUGCGUUUAAUCCUCCAUCUUUGAAGUCGGAGAUUUUAGAAGGAGUGUCUCUCUGCUCUCCAUCACCAAAUGUCAUUUUGUUGGCAGUGACACUUGACACAUCAUUUACAGAGGAACAAAGAAGAAUCACAGAAAGCAACAUGAGGCUAUUUGGACACAGAGUGUGGAGACAUGUGAUUGUUUUGUUUACAUUGGGGGACACUCUGGGAGACAAAACUGUCGAGCAGUACAUUGAAGGUGAAGGAAAGCCUCUCCAGUGGCUUAUUGAGAAAUGUGGAAACCGGUAUCAUGUGUUUAACAAGAAGAGAAAAGAUGAUGAUGAUCAGGUGAUCAAGCUGAUGGAGAAGAUGGAGGAGAUGGUGGCAGGAAACUACUUUUUUUACUUCAGUGCUAACCCAGAUGAUCCACAACCUGAGCAAGAAAGAAGUGAUGAAUUAAGUGAAACCAGAGACGAGAACACAACCAAGGAGGUCACAGAGCAACUUACCAUCGAAUGGGAUCGCAGGAACUGGGAGAAACAUCACAUCCUCAAAGGAAACAACAGCAUGGACUCAAGACCAAACAUGAGUGACAGUAUGAAGUCUGGGAAUUCAGAAAAAGAUGAGAAAGAAAUUAAUUACCAAUAUGAAGAUGACGAGUUCCAGAAAAGAGCGACUGAAGAUGAGGUGGGAGCGAGCAAUGAGAACCCAUAUAUGAGACUAUUAGAGAGAGAAUGGAGCAGACGAGAAGCGGUGAUGGAACAGGCAGGAUGGACGCUUUUCUUCACUGCAGAAAAAUCCGAGCCAGAUGUUGAUCAAGUGCUGGAAUCAAGAGCAAAGGUGUCUGCAUGGUUGAAACAAUUAGAUUCAGGCUGUGGAGAUACUAUUUACAGUGUGGGGCCAGAGGAAGAAGCAGCUCAGCAACACUGACAUUUAGCAAAGUACUCAUUUAGGGCAAUCCCAGGCAUUUAUCAUUAAAAAUGUGUAUAUACAUAGUUUAUAUGUUUAAAAUUAAAUUUAUU